AUGGUUUGUAAAGUAACUAUUUAUACUUGUGCAGCUGAAUAUUCUAAUGAUUUUAGAGUUGAUGAUGAUCUUUUACUUUACAUAUAUUGUAACUAUUCUGUUAAGUGGGAAAAAAAAUCAAGUAUUAAAAAUCAUAUUCAAGGUGUUACGCAUUGUGCAAAAAAAAGAGAAUAUGAAAACAAACAAAAAACUAAUGGAAAUGUUUUACAACAGAGGACAAUUGCCUUAACAAUUUUAAAUGCUAAUAGCAAAAAAGAAUUAAUAGAAGAUUUAAUUUAUGCUUUUGCUGUUGCUGAUAUACUCUUAGAAAAA